AUGUCGUCAGAGACAAGCGUGCGGCUCGCGGAUGGCGGCGAGUAUGUCGGAGAGACGAAGAAAGAAGUCCCGCAUGGGAGUGGCAAGUGUGAGUGGGAGGAUGGGAGGCGCUAUGAGGGAGAAUGGCGGUCCGGCCAGUUUCAUGGGAAAGGUUCCCUUUACACGAAGGACAGUUCCUACACUGGAAGUUUCUUCAAAGGGGAGCCUGAAGGCAAAGGGAAGUUUGUUCUGAGAGUUGCCUUCGGAGAUAUUUCAUAUGAGGGUGAAUUCAUGAGGGGAGAACCUGAUGGACAAGGAAAGGAGGUCAUAGCAGAUCAACUCGAAUAUGAGGGAGAUGGGGACGUGUAUGAGGGCGAGUGGAUGGAUGGGAAGCCACAUGGACUUGGAAAGUGUACAUACAAGAACGGGGCCGCGCACACAGGAAACUUCUCCGAUGGCGUGGCCUCUGGCGAGGGAUUGUUUAUUGCAGCCAACGGGAACAAAUUGAAAGGAGAGUUUAAGAGCGGAAAGUCGGAUGGGACGGGAAGAUGUAUCAGGAAGUAUCCCAACGGCGACCAAUACUUCGGCGAUAUGACAGGAGGGACGCCAGAAGGCAUGGGGCUCUAUUGCUUUGCUGACGGAAGCAGAGGGCGAUGGUCCGAUGGUUGGCCGAAGGAGGCCGUUCAGCUUGAGCCAUCCGAUGACCCAGACCCCAAGUACCUUGAAGACCUCACCUUUGAACUUCCAGCUGCCGAUGAGGACACAACACAAACCGCGCCUCCUGCUCCUUCCAAGAAGAUGGAGAAGAAUGAGAAGCCGGACGAGGAUCGGAAAGAUACUCCCAAGGAGGUCAAGAAAGCUCCCUCGUCCGAUGUGGCCUCCGAGAUCAGCGAUAGAUCGGAGAGCUCAAACAAGCCCGACGAUCAAGACAACCCUGAAGCCAACGCUCCGGAUGCGGUGCCGGUUCCUCCGAGGAGGAAAGUUUUGCCCAAGAAAUGA